AUGAACAAGGGGGUAAGCAGGCUUUUUUUCCAGUGUUCCAUUUUUUUUACCUGUACCGUUUUUCUAUGUUGGAAAAUUAAACAUACAACUCUUUUCCAAAAAUUUGUCAGUAUCAUAAAAAAAUGCUCAAUUUUUAGAAAAAACAUACCCGAUUUGAUAAAUGAAGAAAUUAAGAAUAACAUAAAAAUAUAUUUUGGUAGUCAAGGUGGAACGGCAGAACAUUUUGCAAAAGAGUUGGACUCAAAUUUAAGUGAUAUGUUUAAGAUAAAAGCAGAUGUAAUAGAUCUAGAAUAUUUCAAUAAAGAAGAAAUAAAAAAAUUUGGAGUUCGAAUAUUUAUUAUUGCGACGUAUGGAGAUGGUGAACCAACAGACAAUGCUACUGCAUUUUUCAAAUGGCUAAAAAAUUUGAAUCAUGAUAACACAUAUUUUAGGAAUACAAAAUAUUCAAUAAUGGGAUUAGGAAGCAAGCAGUAUAAACAUUUUAAUAAAGUUGCGAAAAAACUUGCUAAUUAUCUUACCAAAUUUAAGGCUGAACAGAUUAGUGAAAAUAUGUAUGGUGAUGAUGAUGAUAAUAUAUAUCAAGAUUUUGAAAUAUGGAAAAAUAAUCUUUUUAAGGGACUUAUUAAACUAUUACAUCUUAAGGAUGACAUUAUUCCACUCCAUUUUGUCGCAGAAGAUGUGGUCGAAUUUGUAGAUUGGAAAACGUUACCAGAAAUAAAUCUACAUAUUCGAUAUGAAGAGGACAUAGGAGUGGGAAUUCAUAAUAAACAUGAAUAUUCAGAUGAAACCACAUCAACAAAUUUGCAGAUCGAAAAAGUUCAUAAUAAUAAAAAUGAACAUAUAAAUUUAUCACACCAAACGAUGGAUAUAACGGGAAAGUUUUAUUUUAACCAUCACGAAGGGAAAAUAUUAUCGAAUCAAAAUCUGUUAAAAAAUGUGAAAGAAAUUGUUUAUGAUGAUAAGGUGAAUCACAUAACUAUCUCUGUUAAGAAUGUAUCCUUUAAAGCUGCUGAUACGUUGGUUAUUCUGCCAAAAAAUUCGAGACAAGUAAUCUCAUGGUGGUUAAAACGACUAGGUAUAGACGACAAAGAUAAGAGAAAGGCGUUCACCUUUGUACUUAGAAAUAUAAAAGAAGAACCUUCCAUAAUUUCAUGCGACAAUGGUUCAAAUUUGAAUAAUUUACCAAAUAAUAAUUCGACAGUUCCACCACACAGAAAGCAUGAGGAGGAUACAUCAUUUUGCAUCCCAUUUCCUACACCAUGCAGCGUUGAAGAUGCACUUGGAUAUUACUGCGAUUUAACAACUAUACCGAGAAUUAAUAUUUUAAAAAAAUUCAAAUGCUUCAUUAAAGAUGUAGAAGAACUGAAAAUGUUUAAUUUUAUCUUGUCGAAUAAGCAGAGAAAUACCUUCUUCAAUAUCUGUAAACAAUCCAACAUGACCUUUAUCGAAUUUGUCGAUAUAUUCAUGUCGAAAUCUAUAUUUGAAUUAACCCCCUUUUUACAAUUAAUUCCAAGAAAUAAUCCCAAAAGUUAUACCAUUUCGUCAUCCCCCAAAGAAGCGGAAGACAUUAUAUCAUUAACAGUUAAGAAGAAACAAUACCCCAUUCAUUCUCUCCGAAAGGCUCUGAAAAGUUUUAAAAAUAAUGAUAUGCUUCCCCAGAUAAGUGAACAUAAAUUAAGAGAACUUUGCUGUAGAAGAUGGUUUAAAGGCACUUCUUCCUUCUACAUAACAGAGGAAUUAAACACAAAUGAUGUUAUAAAAUUUAAUUUGAAAAGUUCCAAAUUUUGUCUGCCAACUCAUUUGGAAUCUACAAGUAUUAUAAUGAUCGCCACUGGAACAGGAAUUGCUCCAUUCAAAGCUUUUUUAACAGAAUUUAAACAUUUCGAUGAAACAUGUAUGCAAAAUGGAAUUGCAAAAAAGGCCAAGAGAAUUCUCUUCUUUGGUUGUAGAAGAAGAGAAAUAGAUUUUCUCUACGAAAAGGAAAUUACCCAAGCUCAGGAGAGGAAAUAUAUUGAUGAAGCUUUUCUUGCAUUCUCAAGAGAUCAAAAUGAAAAAAUUUAUGUCCAAGAUUUAAUUCUAGAUAAAAAGGAUCUUGUUUGGAAUUUGAUACAAAAGGGAGCAUACAUAUAUGUUUGUGGGAAUAGCAACAUGAGUAAAGACGUAAACAGAACGAUUAAUACCUUGCCUGUACAUUACAAACAAAAUGAUAAAAAGUUUACAAAAAGGUUGAAGAAAUUGGGUCGUUAUGUUGAAGAAAUGUGGUAA